AUGGUCGGCCCAUAUUUCCUCUUCGUUAAUUCCAGGCCGAUUCCUGAAUCGGGAACCGACGAUGCUCUCUGGGAGAAGUGGUAUGUGACUGAACAUCUCCCAGAUCUCAUCUCCAGUGGCACAGCCACGCGAGGCACCUUUUACCGCGAGACGUACGAUUUUCCAGGCGCGCCAAAGGAGAAGAAUCCACGCAACUUUCUAGCUGUCUAUCACACCGAGUUUGAGGAAUCGCUCGAAACGAAGAAUUUCAAGGAGAAGACCAGACCUGGUAGUGAUUUGUUCCCAAACAAGUUUCAUAUUCUCGAGAAUGGAGAUUUUGAUGUUCGGAAUUACAAGUUGUUGGUUGACUAUGAUCCAAAGAAGAUUGGAGAAGUUCCCCCACCAUUUAUGGUGACUGUGGAGAUGGAAACUGAUGACGAGGAGGGUCUGAAUAAGUGGUACGAGGAGGAGCACCUCGAAUUGUUGAGUAAGCUACCUGGAUAUCGCCGUUCUGCUCGUUAUACCCUUGGGCCUGUGAGCGUUCUCAGCACAACAAAGGCUUCGAAAUACUUGGCUAUUCAUGAACUCGACAAUCUUAAGGGGCUCGGCAGUAAAGAGGCGGAAACGGCAAACACCACACCUCAAUCGAUCAAACAUAUCACCACCAGCAAGGUCUUCAUUGCCAGAGCGUGGGAAUUGGUUCAUUCUGAAGGAUUCUGA